AUGGACAUAUCCGCUUUACCCAACAAUAAUGACCCAGAGAGGUUCCUCCAGCUGGACGUGGGCAUGCUGCCGGCCACACACGGCAUGUUCCAGCUGCAGGCGGUGAUGUCCUCGCAGAAACACUGGCACAACCGGGUCUAUAAGAUGGAGGGGCAGAUGCAGGGGCAGAUGCAUGGGCAGAUGCAUGGGCAGAUGCAGGGGCAGCGUGUGCGAAGUGAAGGCCGGCCCCCGGAGAACAGCCCUGUGGAGUUUGUGGACAGAUACUUAGAGAAACACAUCACCCCUGUCACUCUAAAGCACAAAAUCAAAACCAACCCUUUGUACAUAGACUUCACGGAGAUGGAGCAGGUGGAUUUUGAGAAGAACAAGCCGUCUUGGACUGUGCAAGAGUACGACACACAAACUGUACACGGAAACCUCGCAGACUAUUUAAAAGAAGGAGAGAAAAUGCCCACAGACCUGGACUUCUGGCUGGAGGACCUCUACACGCCAGGAUACGACUCUCUACUCAGGAAGAAAGAGGCCGAGGAACAGCGGAAAAAGAUCUGCAAAUAUUUUCUAGUUCUCCUCAACACAGCAAGGCGUUGUAGAAAAGAGAAAUCAGCAGCGGACCGCAGACUGCAGCCAGGAGAGCGCAAACUCAAGUCCAAUGUGCCUUUGACGCUGGUCAGGUGCCAUGUGACUGCUGAGCAGCCGUGGGCAGAUCUAACCUACAGAUCAGACGACUAA